AUGUUCAGCGACCCCACUCCAGACUCGAUCUUCUGUAACGCAUUCGGUUUACCACACGACCAACACCCCCUCACCGAGAUCAAUGCCAGCUUCAGCUUACACUCCAAACCAGACGUCUACUCUGGAAAGUUAUCAUUAACCGAACGGUUCUUGACCUUCGUCUCUGUCGAUCGGAGGUCGUGCCGGUUCUCUCUCCCACUGGCUACAAUCAGGAAGGUCGAAAAGGUCGCGCCUGUCCAAACCUCCGACUUGGGUCCUCCCCCCUUUGCCAUCUGUUUCAUAGUCUGGCACGAGGACUUGAAAUAUGUAUUACAACUCAAUGGCCUCAAGCCAAGCUGCGAGACGUUUUGUGCAAAUCUGAGGAGCCAACUCAAAGCAACCGUCCCAGAAAUGAAGAUCCUCAAACCGUUUGUAUCCACCUUUUACUCCGAACAUCUCCUGUCUGCAUCCGCCGAAGAGGACGGUACACACACCACUGGCCAAGGAAUCGGGAGCGGCUACCAUGCUGGAUUGGGCGCCCAUUUUCGCUAUCCAGGUGAUCCACGGAAACUGAGAGAGAAGAGCAAGGUUAAACUAUGGAAAGAUUAUUUCAAACAAAAUGGCCGGAAUUUGACGCUCGUCAAGUUUCCGACAUUCAUUCGACUCGUCCAAGUCGGUUUACCCAACAAAUUAAGGGGAGAGAUAUGGGAGAUCGCGACCGGCUCCGUUUACUUACGCAUGAAACAGGCUGGCGAAUACGAACGAAUACUGAAUGAUAUCGAACUCAAUAAGAAGCACAAGUUGAACUUCAGUCUGGAUGAGAUCGAGAAAGAUCUCAAUCGGAGCUUGCCCGAAUAUCCGGCUUAUCAGAACGACGCCAAAGGUAUUCAGAAUCUAAGGAACGUCUUGUCCGCAUACGCGUGGAAAAACCCAAGACUAGGGUACUGCCAGGCCAUGAACAUCGUGGUGGCUGCGUUACUAAUCUAUGCGAGUGAAGAGCAAUGCUUCUAUCUACUGUCGAUCUUGUGUGAUCAGAUCUUACCUUCUUACUAUACGCCUACCAUGGCCGGCACCAUCUUGGACCAAAAGGUGUUCGAGUAUUUAGUCGAGCGCACCCUCCCGAUGCUUUCCCAACACUUCAAAACACGCGAGAUCCAGCUCAGUCUGGCCAGUCUACCUUGGUUCCUGUCCUUGUAUCUAGCCUCUAUGCCCCUCGUCUUCGCCUUCCGAGUCGUCGAUUGCGUCUUGUUAUUCGGACCCCGAAGUCCUUCUCAAUCUUUCAUCUUCCACAAACUCCGUUCACACAGGUCUUGUUCCAAAUCGGCUAUUCUGAAAAUCAAUGGCCCCGCCUUGCUCAGGAUCAAUGAUGACGCAGGAUUAAUCAGUACCAUGAGAAAUUAUUUUAUGACACUGGGCGACUCGGCGUACCCGGACUCUUCGGCCAACUCGAAAGAACGCACUAUCACCCAGUUCCAAAUUCUACUGGUGACCGCCUUCCGAGAGUUCGGAAACAUCAUUACGGAUGAUUCGAUCCAAUCAGCGCGCAAGAAGUUCAGAAGCGAGGUAGUGGACUCGAUCCAAUCAUUCUCGAAACGGACGAGUUUGCGGAAUUUGAAGGAGGUGGGUAAGUUUACAUCAGGUCAUCAACUGGGCCUGGUCUAUGAUCAUUUCCAACUAGCGAUCUACAAGUGUCAAAUGAAAUCGGUCGGCGGUUUGGGUGAGAAUAAUCCGAAUGGAGUGGGUACCAGUCAUGGAGUGGCCAGUUUUUGGGAGAACGAUGAGAUCGAUGGGAAGCUAGAACAGCGGAUAACCAGGGCCACGUUCGGUCUAUUCUUAGCUGAUAUUGCCAGUUGGGCGAGGGACGAGACCUUGGUCAAGUCGGUCGGAUUUCUGGAAAGGGUUGAGCGCGUUGCCGUUGAUCAUGAGAUGAUCGAUAGACUGUUUCGUGCAUGGGAUCGCUCUCAGAAAGGCUCGCUCUCGCUCCAAGAUAUCGUACUCGGUUUGGGCCAAUUCAUGUUCAACGAUCUGAUGGCAAAUAUGCAGACAUUUUUCAGCUUGCAUGACGGCGAUAAAGAUGGCUACUUGACUAAGGACGAGGUCUUGCAGUUAUCGGAAUCGCUUUUGUUUAUUUUCCGAAACGAGCCGGGUGAUCAUUAUCUCGCUGCUGUUUCAAAAUUAAUGCAAAACUCAUUUGAAUACGCCGAUGCGAUGCAGAAGGAGUCGCUCAAAAAUCAGGAGCCGGAUAGCAAGGACAACGCUCCAGCAGAAACAGAUGCAGUUCAACAAGAAGGCGCCGGCCCAACUGAAGCAGUAGUACCCACCGAGGAAGCCAAGCCGAGCAAGAAUCCAGACGCGUAUCUUGGCCUAUCGACAUUCAGGAUGUGUGUGCUAGCAGACGAGCUGUUGGAGUCAUUUUUCGAGACAGAUUUCACGCAGUCGUGGAAGCUGUCAGAUGAUCUUUCGAAUAGCUCCCGACCGCCGUCGACGAACUCGAAAGCACCCAAAGUAUUCACCGAUCUUGUUCCAGAAGCCUUCAACCAAAAGGCCGACGAGUUCUUCAGCGGACUCAAGAGUCGGUUCUUGACCGAAGAUAACAAGAAUGCGUUCUACAAGUUUGCCGAUGAAGUUGGCAAGAAGCUCGACAUUCCCAAGGUUGACCAACGUCUACCUUCGAUCGGCAAGUUGGACCUCGCCGCUGCCAAUAAUUCGACCAAGGACAGAGAGAGUCUGUUGCCGUCCAACGUCCUCUCGAACUUCUUUGGUAGUGGCGGUGCUGGAGCUGGGAGCUCCCAGCGGACAGGGGGGAGUCAUUCGAUAAACCCGAGUACUUCCGGGGUUGGAGGAGGAGGAGUUGCGGAUUCAGCGGGCGAGAAGACGGUGGAGCCCUCGCCGUUUUCCCAUGCGGCGAUGAGGUCGCCUCCGGAAGGCCUGAGUUUCGGGAGCAGUCAGCGGGCGGACCGGGCCAUAGACGAUGACGGGGCGGAGCCGGUGGCGCAGCCGAAGGAAUUCAAGCGCCAGUCGAUGCCGCCGCCGCCGCCGCUGAUCCAACGGGCCCAGUCGAUGCUGGACAACCGGCCCCAAUGGGCCAUCGAUCAUCCCGUGGAGCCCGACGAGGAGGAUGAGUCGGAAGACGAAGAGACCUCGCUCGCCAAAACCCACCCCGACCCCGCGCGGCCCUCCUCUCGUACUACACUCGACUCCGCCGCCGAGCCCAAGAAGUCUAAAGCCCAGGCUGCCGCAGUCUCAAAGGCCGAGGAAGAGGAAGAUCUGAUGGCAGAGGUCGACCAGUUCUUGGCCGGUGGAGACGACGACAACAAUGAUGACGAUGAUGCUCAUCAACUCGACCAAAACGACGACGAUGAUGAGCUGGAAGAAGCCCAGAAAAUGCUCGCCUCUUGA